AUGGGUCACGCAGCCGGUCUCCGCGCGGGUACGCGCUAUGCCUUCUCCAGGGAUUUCAAGAAGAAGGGAAUGAUCCCUCUCUCGACCUACCUCAAGCAGUACAAGGUCGGUGACAUUGUCGAUGUUGUUGCCAACGGUGCUGUCCAGAAGGGUAUGCCCUACAAGGUCUACCACGGCAAGACUGGCAUCGUCUACAACGUGACCAAGUCGGCCGUCGGAGUCAUCCUCCAGAAGCAGGUCGGCAACCGAUACAUGGAGAAGCGCAUCAACGUCCGCAUCGAACACGUCCGCCACUCCCGCUCGCGUGAGGACUUCCUCAAGCGCGUCAAGCUCAACUUCGCCAAGCAGCAGAAGGCCAAGGAGACUGGCGAGAAGCAGCAGAUGAAGCGCCUGCCCGCACAGCCCCGCGAUGCCAGGACCAUCAGCCUGAAGGACAACAAGCCGGAGAACAUUACACCGGUACCUUACGAGACAACGAUCUAA